UUGAGACAUGUGCGAUUCGGGAGAAUAUAUAAAGAGUCUUGACAAAACCGAAUGAGUCACGUAAAUGACUAAAUAGCAACGGAAUAUUGCUUAUUUAGGUUAUGUGUUGUGGGUAAAAAGUGCUAUUGACGUGAAACGUCCAUAAACUGGCGCAGUGCCGUAGGUAACAGGCGAUACAGUGGAAACGAGGAAAACGAAAGGUGCGAGGAAAAGUAGGACGAUUUUAAAGAGAUAGGUAGCAAGACCAGGAUGUCCUCUCGCAAAACUGCCGGUCGCCGUGCCACCACGAAGAAACGCGCUCAACGCGCCACGUCGAAUGUCUUCGCAAUGUUCGACCAAGCACAGAUCGCGGAAUUCAAGGAGGCUUUCAACAUGAUCGACCAGAAUCACGACGGAUUCAUUGAUAAGGAGGAUUUGCACGACAUGCUAGCAUCUCUGGGAAAGAAUCCCACUGAUGAAUAUUUAGAGGCAAUGAUGAACGAAGCACCCGGACCUAUCAACUUCACAAUGUUCCUGACACUAUUCGGAGAGAGAUUGCAAGGGACUGACCCAGAAGACGUGAUUAAGAAUGCCUUUGGCUGUUUCGACGAGGAGAAUACUGGUCAUAUAAACGAGGAACGUCUUCGUGAGCUGCUCACGACAAUGGGUGACAGAUUUACAGACGAUGACGUCGAUGAAAUGUAUCGCGAAGCACCAAUCAAAGGCUCUAUGUUUGACUACCUGGAAUUCACUCGAAUCCUGAAACAUGGCGCGAAGGAUAAGGAUGAGCAGUAGUGAGCGAACGCGGGUUCAUCUACAGGUCGUCUGUGUAUCCGACACACGAAAUCGUAGAUAACGUAUAAAGUAUUUCAUGCGUUCCUCGCACUUCUUGAUUCGUCGAAUUUUUGUUUAUCAAACACUUUUACUUAGGUACUGACCUAACUUUACUAAUCAAGAAAAUUCUUUCUGAGAUUGCAGAACAUAAUAUUCUGAGCCAUAAAAUGCGUCAGAAAAUCUAGGAGAAUUUUUCUUUUUCUUGCAUUUCAUUUGCUUUUGUGCUUCUAUAAAAAUUGAAGCGAAAAGAUUACUCUAGAAUAAGAGCGAUUAUAAUGCAUUUUGAAGUGCGAGGUGCGCGAUUUAAAAAAAUAUUUGCGUGAUAUUCGCCGUCAGCCGUAAUAACUUUUUGGACGAUUGCUGUACAGUCGGUGAAAGUUAAAAUAUUUAUAUAUAUACAUAAACCGAACAUGUAACUUGUUGUAGAUUCAGCAUUUAUAUUUUAAUAUAAUAUUCUAUUACGUACGAAAUUAAAAAAAAAAAAGAUA